AACCAAAACACGGCCAAUAGUGAUAAAUGAUAAUGGGAGCAGUAAAAGCAAGCGGCCGUAUUCAUUAUCAAAAUUACUGUUGACAAAAUUUGAAUUUUUCCUCUGUACGGUUUCCGGAUAAAAACCGUUUUACAAAUUUCGUGUUGGUACCCUCCUCUUUACGUGCGGCCAAAUAAUCGCGUGAAACCCGUUUCAAGAUAGAACCAAAGAAGGUCAUUGUUAUGUCUUCUAGGAAUGUUAAAUUCUGCAGACCGUGACCAAUGGCGCUGUCAACGCGGUUGUGGAUUUAAGAGAAAGUGAUCACAACACAAAGUGGCCUUAGUUGAAGCAACCAUGUCGUUUUUACGUGGCUCCACAAAUUAUGUAUGGUGCACCACAAGUGUGCUCGGUAAGGGUGCAACCGGUGCCGUUUACCAAGGUGUUAACAAACAUAAUGGUGAACCAGUCGCUGUUAAAACUUUCAACCAACUCAGUCACAUGCGGCCGCUGGAUGUUCAAAUGCGUGAGUUUGAGGUUCUCGAGAAGGUUAAACAUGAAAAUAUUGUUAAACUGCUGGCCAUCGAAGAAGAACAUGAGAGCCGUGGAAAGGUUAUUGUUAUGGAAUUGUGUACUGGCGGCAGUUUGUUCACGAUACUGGACGAUCCAGAAAAUACAUAUGGUCUACAGGAAGAUGAGUUCCUAUUAGUUUUGGAACAUCUAACGGCUGGCAUGAAACACUUGCGAGACAAUAAUUUAGUGCAUAGAGAUCUCAAGCCUGGUAAUAUUAUGAAGUUUAUCAGUGAUGAUGGUAGACCCAUUUAUAAGUUAACAGACUUUGGAGCUGCUAGAGAACUACAUGAAGACCAAGAAUUUAUGUCGCUUUACGGAACUGAAGAAUAUCUUCAUCCACACAUGUAUGAACGAGCAGUAUUAAGAAAACCGGUGGCUAAAACUUUUGGUGCUACUGUUGACCUAUGGUCUAUUGGUGUAACAUUAUAUCAUGUAGCAACGGGCAACUUACCAUUUAGGCCAUAUGGUGGACGUCGAAACAAAGAAACAAUGCAUUAUAUAACUACUGAAAAAGCAUCCGGUGUUAUAUCGGGUGUACAGACUUCUGAAAAAGGAUCAAUUACAUGGGGCAAGGAUUUACCUAAAAAUUGUCAGUUAAGUGAUGGUUGCAAAAAAUUAAUAACUCCAAUACUUGCUGGUCUUUUAGAAUUAGAAUCUCAACGAAUUUGGAGUUUUGAAAAGUUUUUUACUGAAGUUACUAAAACACUAGAUAGAAGACUGUUGCAUAUUUUCCACACUAAUCGCAUUCAAAACAUACGGGUAUACUUACAUCCUGAUGAAACUUAUGAGAGACUUCAAGCCCUUAUACAAGAACAAACUGAGAUAUCACCUAGCAAUCAAAUAUUGUUGUACAAAUCUACAUAUUUAUUAUCAGAAGUUGGACCUGAUUUGCCUGGUCGAUCUUAUAAGGAAACUGAAUCUCAUAAACCUAUUUUAUUAUUUAGUAAAGAGAAUAAUAAUGUUACCCUAGCGUCUGAUGGCGACUUACCUAACUUCCCAAAAUUCCCAGAUAUGUCACUACCCAAACUUACAUCAGUAGAUAGUGAUGCAGGUCUUGCCAAGACUGCUUGUAGUGUUGGUCAUGUAUGCAAAAAACGCAUAGAAAAAUUGUCUCAAAAUAGCCAAUUAAUUAGUAAAAGUGUACAGAUUUUUACAAAAGUUGUGACUGACAAAUUAAAAUUGGUAUUAAACAAAAGUGAUAAUUUACAACAAGUCUUUAAAUGUACAAAAUACUUAGUUGAAGUAUCGAUACGAAGUCAUAAAAGUGUGAAUAACAUGAUUGGAAUUAAGAAUGUUUCAACGGAUUUAAAAGAAGAAUUGGAAACGUUAAGUGACGAGUUAAACAAUAGCUUAAGUUUAGCUAUACAACAGUUAUACCAGCGAUAUGUUAGAGAGAAGACACUAACGAGAGAGUGGCAUGCAGCAACCCGAGCAUUUAAGUGCCCAAGCAAAAAUCGAGCACCAGCUAGAAUUAAGACACUCGUUGAAAGAUUACGAGAUUCAUGGCAGCAUUUGUUAAGGGAUCGUGCUACUCGUAGUUUGACCUAUAACGAUGAGCAAUUUCAUGUAUUAGAAAUAAUAAAGGUUACAGAAACGAGUCGACGUGCUCGAACUCUGUUAGAGACGGAUGUUCUACCUAUAGUUACUCAGUUAGCGGAUUGCAUGGCUGAUUGGUACAAAAUGGCUCAAACAGUGUUCUUACAAGCACAAAUAUUAGACAAGGAUUUUGAUGCAUUCGAACAUCGAUUACAAGGAUUCAUAGAACGUGUCAACGAUACAGAUGCUUCGUUUCAUGAUGGUCUAGUAAAUGUUGCCAAAGUAAAGUUUACAUCCAGUGGCGCCAAGCAUGCUGGCCGUAUCAGUGCUCAAGAUAUACAGGCACUGAGGGCAAGUCUACGAGGUUUGCGUGAUAUCGAUGACCUCGUAUCAGAUAUAAAAACUAAUAAUGAAAUGCUCAAACAUCUAACUGAGCCCAAUAAAUUAUGCGACUGAUAUUAAGAGUAAUUAAUGUUAUUUUAAAUACCAAAAAAAAAAAAAGAGUAUACUUAGUACUUUUACUACAAUAUUCAGACUAUUCAACGUUUACCAAUUGUAUUACUAUUAAUAUCCAUAUUUAUUUAUUGAAUUAAAUGCUUAAUAUUUAUAA